CACCACUUGUGGAAAGGAUGCCAGCGAACUAUACUGCUUUUACACCGAGGGCCAGUUAUUCCACAAGGCCCGGCCUCCUGUGGUCCACCCCAGUGUACAAAGUGUAGUCACAAUCAACCUGAGAAUUCCCACCUACCUGCUCACAUGACAGAUGAUGUGUUCUCAAGUCCGGCUACGUGGUGGCAGUCUGCCCAAAGUGUCCUCCGGGAGGAGAUAAGGCUGGACUUCGAGACAGAGUUCUACCUGACCCAUGUCAUCAUGGUCUUCAAGUCUCCCCGCCCAGCAGCCAUGGUGCUGGAGAGGUCUGGGGACCACGGCAAGACCUGGCGGGCUUAUAAAUACUUUGCAACUAACUGUACAGCCACUUUCGGUUUGGCAGAUGACAUGUUCGAGGAGGGAGCACGGUGUACUUCCAGGUAUUCGGACUCCUGGCCCUGUACAAAAGGGGAGGUGAUAUUUCGUGCCAUAACUCCGGCGAACAGGAUUGAAGACCCCUACAGCCUCCAGGCCCAGGACCAGCUAAAGAUCACCAACCUCCGGCUCCUCCUUUUAAAGAGACAGGAAUGCCCCUGCCAAAGCGCGCCCGGGUCCUUGGAGAAGCCGCAAAGGUUCGCUCAUUACGCCAUCUACGACCUCAUCGUCCGCGGAAGCUGCUUCUGCAACGGACACGCCGAGGAGUGCGAGCAGACUGGGAACGCGGCCGGUGUGGACACCAUGGUGAGUCAAGGAAAAUAUUAUUGCUGA